CACACAGUGGUUCACUGACAAACCUCCAUGGUUACCGCAGGAAAUCGCCGCCUCACCAACUGAGAUAUGAUCACACAAUUAAAAUAGACCACAGCUGCACGGCUACAAACAUAGAGUCGAGUGAGGAGUGUAAUGGCCUGAGGGGGCUCCCCCCUGUCCCACCUGCCCCUGCCAGGUCCAGUCUGCCUAAACUGUCUGCUCAGUCACUGCGACCCACCACUGCGAUGGGAGACGGACUGGAGGCAGGCAGCAGCCAGAACCCUCCCUCUGUCCCACCACCUCUCCCCUUCAGCCCUCCACCUCCUGCAAUGUGCGGCUCCUCCAGACCCAAACGACAGACCAACCAACUACAGUACUUGAAUAAAGUGGUGCUCAAGACAUUAUGGAAACACCACUUUGCGUGGCCCUUCCAAUCUCCUGUAGAUGCCAUCAAACUUGGUUUGCCUGACUACUAUAAGAUCAUCAAGACGCCCAUGGACAUGGGCACAAUAAAAAAGCGCCUGGAGAGCAACUACUACUGGAACGCCCAGGAGUGUAUCCAUGACUUCAACACAAUGUUCACAAACUGCUACAUAUACAACAAGCCGGGGGAUGACAUUGUCCUAAUGGCGGAGGCCUUAGAAAAGCUCUUUCUUCAGAAGAUCACUGAGAUGCCGCAGGAGGAGAUGGAGAUCGCUGUGGUCAGCAAGGGACGCCGUGGUGCACCACGGGAGAGCGCUCUGAUAAUUCAUUCAGAUUCAGGCCAAGAGUCAUCGUCCCCCCUUCAGGUCCAGCCUAUAUCCCAGCCUCAGCCUCCCCCACGUGUGCCUCCCACACCCACCUCUCACACCCACCUGGGAAACCCAUUCCCCGUAUCAACUCCGGAUGUCCUGGCCCAUGCUUUGACCUCUGUUCCACCUCCAGCCCUGACACACCCAGGCCUCCACCCUGUCCCGAUGCUACAGAGCUCACCUGCCCUCAUAAAGCAAAGGAAAAGCCAGAAGAGGAAAGCAGACACCACCACGCCAACAGCCAACGACCAGCUCAGCGAAUCAUCUCCUGUGUCUGCGGAGGCCCGGCCGCGUCGAGAGAACAAUCGUCCACCGAAGCAGCCCAAAAGGGAUGGAUCGCAGCCGGACUCCCAACAUCACCUUGGUGCUGGUUUGGAGACGGGAGGGCUGGCAACACCGAAACGCCAGGAGCAUUUACGCUUCUGCGCUCGCCUCGUCAGAGAGAUGCUGUCCAAGAAACAUGUGGCAUAUGCCUGGCCUUUUUACAAACCUGUCGACACGAAAGCUCUUGGUCUCCAUGACUACCAUGACAUCAUCAAACAUCCCAUGGAUCUCAGCACCAUCAAGAGAAAGCUGGACAACAAACAGUACAGAGACGCUCAAGAAUUUGCAGCCGACGUCCGGUUGAUGUUCUCCAACUGUUACAAGUACAAUCCUCCAGACCAUGAUGUUGUUGGCAUGGCACGCAAAUUACAGGAUGUGUUUGAAAUGCGUUUUGCUAAAAUGCCUGAUGAGCCAGAGGAGACCACUCCUGUUCCAACCCCGUCAUCGGCCCUCCACCCUGCCCCCUCCACGCGACAAGCCCCGCCUCCUUCCGUUGUCUCGGAAGAAGAAAGCUCCAGCUCCUCCGAAUCUGAGUCUUCGGCGGCAAACUCAGAUCACGAAAGGACACAGCGAUUGGCUGAGUUACAGGAACAGCUUAAAGCUGUCCAUGAGCAGCUGGCAGCACUGUCGCAGCCACAGGCCAGCAAACCCAAGAAAAAGGAGAGGGAGCGGGAGAAGGAGAGGGAGAAGGAGAAGGAGAAGAAGGAGAAAGAGAAGGAAAAGGAGAAGAAGAAAGAUAAGCACAAGAAGAGGCUGGGAGUAGAGGAAACCAUUGAGGCCCCUUCGCCUGCACUUCUACAGACACCUAAGAAGAGCAAGAGUAGCAAGGAGCUAGUCAAUGUGAAGAAGGACAGGAAAAAGCCCAGUAAGAAAGAUGGAGUUAGAAACAGCCGCCCAGCUGUGCCCCCUCAGCCUGGGCCCACCCCUCUCGUCCCUUCAGCCUCUCUGGAAGCAGAGGAUGAAAUGGAUGUCUUUGGGGGCCUGUCCGUGGAAAGAUGCAAGCCAAUGUCAUACGAGGAGAAGCGUCAGCUGAGCCUGGACAUCAACAAGUUGCCCGGUGACAAACUGGGCCGCGUCGUGCACAUAAUCCAAACGCGUGAGCCGUCACUGAAGAACUCCAACCCGGACGAGAUUGAGAUUGACUUUGAGACACUGAAGCCUUCCACGCUGAGGGAGCUGGAAAAGUAUGUCUCCAGCUGCCUCAAGAAGAAGAAAAAACCAUCAGUAGACCGGCCUCUGGAAAUGACAAAUGUGACGAAGGUGAAGACGGGAUCUUCAUCCUCAGGCAGCAGCGACUCCUCAGAUAAUGAAGACUCUGAGAACGGCGAGAAUGGGCUGGUUCCCAAACAGCAGAAGAAGAACGUGUCUAAUAAAGACCCCAAGAGACCACACCACCAGUCCCUCAUCACCGGCGCCGGCCUCGUCCCUCCUCAUCCUCAGAUUCAGCAUCAGCCGCAGAUUCAGAUUCAGAUUCAGCCUCAGCCUCAGCCUCUGCUUCAACCUCAAAUCGUCCAGUGUAAACCGACAUUUGUGCCGCCUCCCUCUGUCCCCGUCACUGUCCCCUCUCUGGACACCUCGCAGCUGCUAAACUCAGGAUUCGAUCCUCUGGCCCACUUCAUGAACCCACACCUGACACAGUCAAACACCGAGCCCAACCCAACCAUGACUACUGCUGGUGUCCCUGUCGCCGCUGUCCACCUCAACAUGAACCCGCCCAGCAGCCAGACACCUGCGGAGACACACCCUUUCCUCAACCAACAUCCCAUCAUACCCUCACCAGCGAUCCACAAUGCUCUUCCCCAGCAACCAUCAAGACCUAGCAACCGUGCAGCGCCGCUUCCUCCCAAACCCUUGCAGCCUCCCCCGUCCUCGCUCCCCUCCCUGCCUCCAUCCCCCUCCCCGCAGCUUCAGCCCUCGCUUCCCCUCACACUGCCCCAGCCUGUCCCCCGCCCCCGCGUCCCUUCACCUCCCUCCCACGGCAUCCUGGGCACCCUCUCGGCACAACCUCCCCAAGCCCUGCUUGAGGACGACGAGGAGCCGACGCCCGCCAGUUUGGACUCCCCGCCCCUCAGCCAGGUGCACACCUUCCUGCAGUCUCUCCAGCCUCGAACCAUCACACAGACCCUGCCGAUGCACACGCACUCGCCCGUGCCGCUAGUGCCGCCGCUGCACACACAGGCCAUGGCGACGUCCGCCCCCACCCUGGCGCAGAGACACAGCUCGGGCCACGCGCUCAUGCAGCAGCCGUUCCCACACACGUUGACGCCGCAUCAGCAGAAGGGUGUGGCCCUGCAGCAGAAGGUACAACAGAUGCAGCAACAGAUGCAGCAGCAGCAGCAGCAGCAGCAGCAACAACAACAACAACAACAACAGCAGCAGCAGCAGCAGCAGCAGCAGCAGCCGUCGCCACAGAGUAAAGCAGAGUCUUUCCCAACAGGUAUCCUGCGUGAGAGCCCCUCUCCUCUGAUGAUGCAUUCUCCUCAGAUGCCUCAGUUCCACCCUGUGGGACAGCACUCACCUCCACAGACCAAGAAACAUGAGCAGAGGUCCAACCUGGUGGCAGUCAAAGAGGAGAAACUUCCUCCGUCACCAGUUCUGCCCCCGUCGCCCUUCACUCCUGUCAUGCGUCAGGAUACACACAAACCAGACAACAAACACAGAUUAGACAUGAAGCCACUGGAUGGUUCUCGUCCUGGUCCUCGCAUUCUAGACUCGCCGGCGCCGCCCUGCUCCCAGCAAGACAACAAAAUCAAGCAAGAACACAAAACUCCCGUCGCUCCUAAGAAGACCCAGGACGUGAAGUUAAAGAACAUGGGUUCUUGGGCCAGCCUGGCUCAGAGGUCACAGUCCACGCCGGCGUCCGCCGUGCGCUCGUCCAGCGACAGCUUCGAGCAGUUCAGGCGUGCCGCGAGAGAGAAGGAGGAGAGGGAGAGACAGCUGAAAGCACAAGCUGAGCAGGCGAGGAGAGAGCAAGGAAAGAUUCGCCGUGACGACGAGGAUACGAUGGAACACGCUCGCAGAGCACAGGACGACGUCCGCCGCCGCCAGGAGCAGCAGCAGCAGCAGCCACCGCAGCCGCCGCCGCUCACUCCCACGCCUCCGGCCUCUACCCCGCCCACUCACUCUCCACAGGCUCCACCUCCACAGCCUCAAGCCCCGCCUCCGCCCCCUGCUUCAGCUGCACAGAACGCCCUCGAUCAGAGGGAGAUCGCGCGUCGCCGGGAGCAGGAGAGGCGCAGGAGAGAGGCGACCGACACCAUCGACAUCAACUUCCAGAGUGACCUGAUGGCCAUUUUUGAAGAGAACCUGUUCUGAAAGAAGAGGGGAAAGAGGAUGACGGGAGUGAGAGACAGACCCUAUAGACUUAUAUAAGAAAAUAUACAAAAUGCAUAUAGACCUCAAAGCUCUGAUAUUCAUGGUCGCUGCUCAUAUGAAUGCAAACACACAUACACUUCGUAGUAUCUGUCCUUUUUUUCUCAGAGUAGUUGAAACAGCUGGCUUGUGUCCUGUGAAGGAGGAAGUGUUGAGUGGGAAAAAAGAAAAAGAAAAACCCUUUUUCCUCCAGCCUUAGAUACGUUUUGGUGUCUGGUGUUUUACGGUCGGUCGCCGGUUCUGGGUCCUCGGGGACGACAGACGCCGGACUGAUCAGAUCAUUGAUCGGCUCCCUCAAGGAAAAAGGACGACGACGGAAAGAAAAGACGGCAACUUUAACUCUUUUACAUAAAAAUAAUAAUAAUAAUAACAAUGGUGAUGAGGUUUAGGUUUAUAAUUUAAGUGAAAGAGAGAAGAAACGAACAACAGAUUACUCUUUUUUUUUUGCCCUCUCUUCUAACCCCGUUUUAUUUUUUUUGUUUGAAUGUUAACGGCGAGGGGCGGAGUUUCGUCCGGUUCAGCGCUCACCUGUGAGUCGGUUAUUUUCUCAGGACACGGUGGAGAACUAAU